UGCAGAGGACUUGGAGACUAAGGAGGCGUGUCCGCGCAAGCGCACCGGCACUGAAACGAUGGCGGCGGCCCAGCGGGCGUGGGGAGCUGUAGCUGGUGUAGCCCGGUUGUGCAGGCGGUUCUGUCAUGUGGUGACUCCACACACCUUCAAGAAACAACCUCUGCACCAGUAUGUACGAAGACCGCUUUUCCCAAUGCGUGCACCCUUGACUCACACAGUACGAUUUAUGUUUAUUCAAACACAAGACACCCCAAAUCCCAACAGCUUAAAGUUUAUACCAGGAAAGCCGGUUCUUGAGUCGAGGACCAUGGACUUCCCCACCCCAGCUGCAGCUUUCCGCUCGCCUCUGGCCAGGCAGUUAUUCAGGAUUGAAGGAGUGAAAAGUGUCUUCUUUGGACCAGAUUUCAUCACAGUCACAAAGGCGAAUGAAGAACUAGACUGGAAUUUACUGAAACCUGAUAUUUAUGCAACCAUUAUGGACUUCUUUGCAUCUGGCUUACCCCUCGUGACUGAGGAAACGCCUCCAGGAGAAGCAGGUUCUGAAGAAGAUGAUGAAGUUGUGGCAAUGAUUAAAGAACUGUUGGAUACUAGAAUACGGCCGACCGUGCAGGAGGAUGGGGGUGACGUGAUCUACCGCGGCUUCGAAGAUGGCAUCGUGCGGCUGAAGCUCCAAGGCUCCUGCACCAGCUGCCCCAGCUCCAUCAUCACCCUGAAAAGCGGGAUUCAGAACAUGUUGCAGUUUUACAUUCCAGAAGUGGAAGGUGUGGAACAGGUGAUGGAUGACGAAUCAGAUGAAAAAGAAGCAAAUAACCUUAAAUAAUCUGCAUUUUCUUUUGCUGCAACCUUUGGACUUAACUGUACAGAGUCUGUAUUGAUCUCUGCUCUAGAAGUUGAUUAAUAAAACGUUUCCUUCCU